AUGGUCCUAACACUCCGCUGCCAUGAGCGCACUUGUUACGGUGUGAUCAAUCAUCGCCUUGCAGGCCGUAGCUACCUAUCUAGUCUGAUUGAAGCGGUUGGCCAUCGCCUCGAAGCACUUGAGAACUGCUAUCACGCUCUUCUAGGAUUCUCGACAAUCCAUUUGAUCCAAAAUUCAAUCUCGCCGCAAAACCCCAUUUGCACUGAGCUCUCUCAUAGCCCAAGUGGGAUAAGUCUACAGGGUCUCCUGGGCUUCUAUAGGCUAUUUGGCGGAUUGAGCACUGUAAAAGAAUCCGGACCAGCCAAGCGCUUACUGGCAUCCAUACCUGUAUGUCGCCUCACUAAGGAAAUCCAGUUCAAAAAUUGGACAGGGCAAAUCUUUUAUGCGAAAUUUCAAAUACAGAUGACGAUUUUAUUUAACCAGGUUAGGAUUCGAGUUGCUUAUUUGAAACGUGCGGCGUUAAUACCUAAAGAGAUGAGCCCAAACGAGGGUUGGGAGAUAGAAGGAUUGCUUCCAACCCUGGCCAAGUUCUCAUCAUUUGAACACGCUUUUGCAGCGAGCUUUCAUCUCCAGCGACGAUAA